AUGGUUUUUACAGGAGGCUUGAGAUCUCUUCUUCCCCUUGCAGUCAGAAGUCUAAUUCGAUUCAACAAACUCAAUAUAAGUAAUACUUCUGGAAUGGCUGAGGGCUAUAAACAGGCAAAUGUUGUGAUUUUGCACAAAUCCCUUGCUGAUGACUUUGAAAAGUUUUGCCAUGCAAAUGAUGGACCUCUCCUGCUGCUGUACAGAAGUAAACCAGGUGAAUGGAAAUGUCCUUCUCUGAGCAGCAAUUCUGAUGUCAAAACUGAUUGCCUGCAAUACAGGAUAUAUGAGUAUGGAGCUUGUACUGGCACUUUGACAAGUCUAAAGGAUUAUUUUGAUCAUCUUAAAGACAUGGUGACUUUUUACUUAGGCUGCAGCGUCUCAUUUGAAAAGGCAGCCCAGAAGGUUGGUGUUCCUCUAAGGAACGUUGAGCAGAAAUGCAACGUAAGCAUGUACAAGACAGAUAUGCCUCGCUGCAGAGUUUCCAGUUUUUGCUGCAAUUUAGUGGUCACAAUAAGACCAAUUCCUGAAGACAAGUUAGAAGGAAUUGUGGAAGCUACUUAGCCAUUGAAAGAUUCACAUGGAGCACCAGUUCACAUUGGUAACCCUGGCCUAUUAGGAAUCCAAAACCUUUCCAGCCCAGACUAUGGAGAUCCAGUUCAGCCUCACCCUCAGGAUGUUCAAGUGUUUUGGACCUAUGGAGUAACGGGGGAAGCAGUCAGCAACUGCAAGUCUCCAAUGGCUUUUACACAUUCUCCUGGGUACAUGUGUAUUACUGAUCUGAAGAAUGAAGAUGCUCCAGUUCAUAACUCUAAAGAAAUCCCCAAGGUCCACUGCAUUUGUCAAAAUCUUUUGCAUUAUAGCAUUGCAUCAGAAACAGCUGUGCAAAAGAUAAGAGAGCUAGAAAGCCUAAUUGGAGUAGAUCCAGGAGACCAGGGCGUGAAACAUUUGUGCUGGCAGGAUGAGCUGCUAAAGACUUGCCUCUCCCUUUCACAUGCCCGAUCAGUGCUGAUAACCACUGGAUUUCCUACUCACUUCAACCAUGAGCCACCUGAAGAGAAUGAUGGACCUCCAGGAGCGAUUGCUAUGGCAGCCAUGUUGCAGAGCUUGGAGAAAGAUGUUGGUAUAGUAACAGACCAGAGAGCCAUGGGUUUGAAUAAAAAGAUUAUUGAGGAUGCUGUUCAGCAAACUCUGAAUUGUGCAAAAGCUAAAGAUGGGCAACUAGUCCAGUAUUUCCAACCAGGAAAUAUUGUACUGAAGACACCAGUGCCUCUAUUGAGUUAUCAAGGAGAUGCUGCAGAGUCAGCUUUGAUGUUUUUGUGUGAGAAUGGGAAUCUUGAAAGACCUAGAUUUGAUCACCUGAUAGCAAUAGAACGUGCAGGGAUGGCUGCUGAUGGCAAUUAUUACAAUCCAAGGAAAGUCAAUAUUAAGCAUCUAGUGGAUCCUAUAGAUGAACUGUUUCUAGCUGCACAUAACAUCCCUGGAGUCACAGCAACAGGCAUUGGGGAUGGAGGAAAUGAACUUGGAAUGGGAAAAGUAAAAGAAGCUGUAAGGAAGCACAUAAAAAAUGGAGAUGUUAUAGCUUGUGACGUUGAAGCUGAUUUCGCUAUUGUAGCCGGGGUCUCUAACUGGGGAGGCUAUGCUGUUGCUUGUGCUCUGUAAAUCCUCAACACCUGUGAAAUACAUGAUCGCUAUCUGAGGAAAGCUAUUGAGUUCCCCAGAUUGUCCAAGAAGGCAAACUGGGCAUCAGCACUUCCAUCCAUUACUAAGGAAGAAAAGUUGCUGAAACAUUAUAC